AUGGGGCGCGACUUUCGGCCCAAAGGCAAAGGCGCGCGCAAGGCGCCGCCGGCGCAGCGGGAUGCGUCGGAUGAUGACGAGCACAACGUAGCAGACGAUGUACUCCUGCGCGAGGUCCAGGCGCUUGGCGGGAACAAGGACGACGUGGCGCUCAUGCAGAGCAAGGGCGGCAGCGGGCCGAAACUGAGUGACGCCCAGCUUUCGUCGGAACUCGCUGCGUUUAUGCAGCAGGAGAACAUGGCUCUGCCUGGGAAGGAGAAGCCUAGGCAGGAGCAGGGCAAGAACCUGCCCAAGGAUACCAAAGGAGGGAAGGAGCAGGUAAAGGAGCAGGCCAAGGCCAAGGUGCCGGCGAAGGAGCAGGCGAAGGAGCAGGUGAAGGAGAACAAGGCCAAGGAGAACAAGGCCAAGGAGCACAAGGCGAAGGAGCAGCCCAAGCAGCAGCCCAAAGAGCAGCCCAAGGAGCAGCCCAAAGCGCAAAAGCAGCAAAAGCCGCGGGAAAAGGCGCACGACUCCCAAAAGGCACAGGACGCUCCUGCGCGCCCGGCCGGCAAGCACAUGCUCUUUGACGGCGAGACGCCGCGUGUUGUCGAGGCUGGCUCGCUCAAGCUCCUCAUCGAGCCGCAGCCCGACUGGCCGGCGAUCCCCCUGUCGCCCCUCGAUGUGCCCCCGAACAAGAUCCCAAAGACGGUGCAGGAUGCGACUGUCGCUGCGCUCCAUGCGCUCGGGCAGCAGACGCUCGACGAGGAGAAUGCGACGUACGCGCGCCUUGCCAAUGGCGAGGGCGGCAAGAACAUUACGCUCGGUGCGCUCACGCUCUCCGACCUGCAGUUUGCGCGCACGCUGCUCACCUCGAGCAAAGCGAGUACGCUGUCUGACCGCAUCUCUGCGGUGACGCUGCUGCUGCAGAGCAGCCCCGUGCACAACCUCAAGGCCCUCGACACGCUCAUGACGAUGGCCGGCAAGCCGAGCCGCGAGGAGGCCGGCCGCGCGACGCGUGCGCUCGCCGACUGGCUCGCGAGCGGCGGCGGACUCGGCCCCGGCAAGCUGAACUACUUCCGCGACCAGCCCCUCCUCCCCGCGGCUGCGGCUGCGUACGCCAGCGGCACGUCGCAGGCGCUGCGCGUCUGCACCUGCCUGUGGGCGUUUGAAGACAUGCUCAAAAAGACCUACUUUGCGUUUGUGCAGCUGCUUGAGCGCCAGUCGCACGACACGCUGCUCUUUAUGCGCAAGCAGGCCGUGACGCAGGUCUUUGUUUUGCUGCGCGACAAGGCCGAGCAGGAGCACAACCUGCUCCGCCUGCUCACCAACAAGCUCGGUGAUCCCGACCGGAGCGUCGCGUCCAAGGCGAGCACGCACCUGAUGGAGCUGCUGCACGCGCACCCUGCGAUGAAAGGCAUUGUCCUGCGCGAGGUCAGCGAAACGGUGCUGCGCUCCCAGGUCGUGAACCAUGCAGGAGAGACCGGCAAGGGCAACCAGCACGCGACGUACUAUGGCGUGCUCACGUUGAACCAGACGCUCUUUACGACGCAGGACGCGGCGAUCGCAAACGAGGUCUUUACCGUCUAUUUCCAGCUGUUUGACGUGUGCCUCGCGCAGGAGGAGAGGGAGGAGAAGGAGGACAAGUCCAAGGAGGAGCCGCGCGACAAGAAGCGCUGGCGCGACCAGCAAAAGGGCGCAGCGAACCGCGACCUGGUCAACAAGGCCGCGGCCGAUGUCGACUCGCGCCUGCUGGCGGCGAUCCUCACUGGUAUCCGCCGCGUCUUUCCCUUUACCUCGAUGGAGGCGGCGGCGCUCGACAAGCACCUCGACACGCUCUUCCGCAUCACGCACACGCACUCGUUCAACAUUGCGAUCCAGGCGCUGCAGCUCAUCUUCCAGGUCGCGAUCGGUGCCGCAAAAGACGCGAGUGCGCCCAACUUUUCGCCACACAUUGCCGACCGCUACUACCGGACGCUGUACGACUCGCUGCUCGACAGCCGCCUCGCGACGACGAGCAAGCAGGCCAUGUACCUGAACCUUGUGUACAAGUCGCUCAAGGCGGAUCUCGAUCCGGAGCGCGUCAAGGCGUUUGUGAAGCGCAUCUGCCAGAUCCUCUGUGUGCAGGACCCGCCGUUUAUCUGCGGCGCGCUCGUGCUCCUCAGCGAGCUCUUUACCGCCGUGCCGGGCCUGCGCUCGAUGCUCACCGACCCGGAAGAAGACGGCGUGGAGCACUUUGCGGAUGCCGACGAGGACGGCGAAACGGCCGCGCAGCCCACGCAACGCUCGCUGUACGACGGACGCAAGCGCGAUCCUCGCUUUGCGCACGCGGGCGACACGGCGCUGUGGGACAUCUUGCCGCUCCUGCACCACUUCCACCCGUCCGUCAGCCUGAAUGCCAAGCAGCUCCUCGACGGCGUCAAGGUCACGUCGAAUGCAGACCUCACGCUGAACACGCUCAUGCACUUCCUCGACCGCUUCGUCUUCCGCAACCCCAAGAAGAUGUCGGCCGUGAAGGGCUCGAGCAUCAUGCAGCCGGCUCUCAGCGGCGACAUGGACAACGAGGUGCUGGUGCGCCGCAGCCACGUCCCGCUCGACUAUGUCAACUCGGCCGCGUUCUGGUCGCAGCGCCCGGAGAAUGUGCCGGUCGACCAGCAGUUCUUCCUGCAGUUCUUCCAGGCGAAGCAGAAGCGCGCCGGCCAGGACAAGCCCAAGCCAAGUGCCGACGAGGAGGUCGAUACCGUGCUCGACAAGGAGGGCGCGGACGAGGCGGACGACGCCGAGCUCAGCACCGACGAUGAGCAGGAGAAGGAGAUCUGGAAGGCGAUGAAGGACUCGCUUCCGACCGAGGACGUCGACGAGGAAGAGGACGACGACGACGACGACGAGCUGCUCGAGCAGCUUGGCGACGACGAGGACGAGGACGACGAGGACGAGGACGACGAGGACGACGACGGCGGGCGCAUCGAGGAUGAUGGCGACGAGGACGACGAGCCCGGAAUGUUCCUCGAGGACGACGACGACCUCGUGCCCUUCACCAACUUUGACGACGAGGACGAGGAGGAGGAGGAGGAGGAGGAGGAGAAAGAGCCCGCCGCCGGCACCAAGCGCGCGGCCGAGGACGAAGACGAGGCGGCGCCCGCGAGCAAGAAUCGCAAGCGCGCCGAGCAGCGCCGCAAGCGCCGCGCACUUCCCGCCUUUGCCAGCGCCGACGAAUACGCGCACAUGCUCGCGUCCGACGACGAAGGCAACGUAUAG